CGUCGUGAUCCGCCUAUGAACACCAGCCGAUAUAAACACCAGCCGCUGCUGUUGCUGUUCGUGAAGGGUUCUGGUCAUGAGACUCGAGCAGUGACUCGUGCAGUGGAUCAGACAUGCUGUCCAGCGCGCCGCCCGCGAGGAGCUUCCUUCAGAAACGCGUUGUGCCCGAGAGAAAGUCUGAGGCUGUGGGACUCGCGGAUCUCUCGAGAGUCAUUCAGCUGCUGCAGGAUCCGCUCUCAUCGUCAUUAAAAGAAAGACAGAUUUUCAUCUUGAGGAAGGUGGUAAAAAGAUGCCAGCAUGGAUUUCUUUUGAGGGAUCUCGCUGACAUAUGUAAGAUUCUGAACCUCUGUGCGGAAAGAGUGAUGGAUCAUCCGGAAUAUGCCAAAAUCCUCUGUGAUUUACUUCAGAUCUGCGGUCUUCCUUUCCUGAAGGAGAGAGCGUCGGAUGAGAUGAAGUUCGCCGCUGUGGCCGCAGACUCUGUGUCUCAGAUGGGUUAUCUGAUGAGGAUCCCGUUACCGGAGGUCAGACAGCAGAUCUGCGCCUCUGUUAUAUCCCUCUACAGCCACGACACACACACACACAGCUCUGACGGUGUCUAUCCCACGCAUGUGGCCUACCGAGGGCUGAUGGUGGAGCGCAGUGGUCUGGCCGAGACCCUCGUCAUGUCACUGGCCCUGAUGGAGAACCAGCUGUCAAUCAAACUGCGUCUCCUUCAGACCCUGCAGAUCCUGUCCAGGACAUCAGAGGAGAACUGUAGAGUAAUGCUGAGAGCUCAGGCUGCGCAGAAGAUCUGCUUCCACAUGAGCGAGUGCGACCCAACCGGACCGGUUCUGUUCCGCUGCUCGGAGAUCCUGUGGAACCUUCUGGAGAACGGCUCUCGGGAAGAGCUGACGGCCCAGCUCAGUGACACCGACUGCAUCGCAUCUUUGAAAGAAGCAUUUCUCCAUCAGCUUCUCAACGGUUUCCGGCAUUAUGAUCGUCAGCUGAGGAACGACCUGCUAGUGUUGCUGUCUCUUAUCGCAUCGAACCCAAGCGCACCUCUGAUCGAGAGCGGGUUUGUCAAGCAUCUCACGCUGUUAGUCACCUUCCCUGAGCUGAAGAGUCACAAUCCUCUGGUGCGAAACCUCAAGCUGUCCUUCAACCACGAGGACUUUGAGAUGAAGAAGCUCUUGUUGAAUGUGAUCGUCGUCCUGUCGAGAGAUCUGACUGCCCUGCAGCUGUUUAGGGAGGGCCGGGUGAUGCUGGGCCUGAUGCUCCUGAUUAAGCCCCGAGCCCCAGAGCCCCGGAGCAGGUGCAGUUGGACCCCCGGCCAGCAGGAGGAGCUACAGCUGCAGGCGUUGGCGUGUCUGAUCUCACUGGCUCCGCUGAUGCUGGACGACUACAUGACAUGUCAGGGGAACACACUCCUGCUGCUGUUGCUGGACUGGUGUCUUCAAGAAGACUCCUUCAGUGGGCAGGGCCACAGUUUCCAUGGCAGCGGUGGGCGGGGCGGGAAGAAGGCCCAGAUGAGGUACUGUGUCCGAGUGCUCAGAUCCGUGGUUUCCCUGGAGCUUGAGGCGCUCCGGCAGGAUCUGUGCGAUCAGGGGGCGAUCGGGCAGCUUCUGGGGGUGCUGCGCUGGUUCGUAGGGAGACCGGAGGCCGAGGAUGCCGUGUCUCUGGAGAUUCAGAUCGACUCCCAGUUCGUUCUGUCUGUCCUCUGCGAGGGAGACAUCCACAGAAAGGAGUUGUUCGGCAGUGACGGUGUGGAGAUGCUGAUUCAGUAUUUGAGUUUGGACACUGCUCUGAUCUUCAGCGGUUUGGGUCAUAAUAAACUGCUGCUGUCCACCGUCGACUGUGUUUGGUCAUGUGUUGUGGGCUGUUUCGGGACAGAGGACGUGUUUGUGGGGGGAGGUGGAGUUGAUCUGCUCCUUCAGCGGCUGCAGCGGAGCCCCAGACACAUGCUGAUUCCGCUCAUCGGGACUCUGCUGGAGCUGUGUGAGAGUCCACGGGCCGUCACGCGUGUGCAGUGCUGGCGUGGCGAGAGAGAUGUCACUGCGCCGCAGCUCCUGUUGCAGAUCUGGAGGAGCGAGGAGGAGGAGAUGGGCAUAACACGAGACCAGCAUGGGGUGAUUGCAGACGUGAAGCGGCCGGUUGUUUCUCGGCAGAAGGAUGAACCGUCAUUAACAUCAUCUUCACGUGACGUCAGUCCUGCUGUCAGGGAUGUGUGGGAGAACCUGCGUGCGAACAUCUACUGCAUCUUCUGGAAACUGGGAUUUGAGCAGCCGUCGGGUUUGAGCGCCGAAGACCUCGUCACACUCAGCAUCAUCCGCAGAUACCUGGACUUCAAGGUAAGUCUUGAUGACCUGUCAGCCUUGUCAGCAUUAAUGAGUGACAUCACUGCCAACGCUCCUGCUUCACAGGUGGGUGAGGUUUUACACGAGGUCUGGACUGAGCUGUUGGCCGAGGGAGCGACGCCCGUCUCGUCUGAUGAAGAAGCCCUGAAGAGCCUUCGACAGGUCAGCGAUGACACGGUGAAGAGCGUGCGCUCUCUGCAGCAAAGCAUUCUGGGCCGUCAGCAGCAGGAGGAGCUGCAGGAGGAGAAGCUGCUGUAUGAAGAGAUCGGCUUCACUCAUAAGCAGAGAGAGGUCGCGGCAGAAGCCUGGAGGAGUUACGUGGCCAGAACCUCAAACUACAGCGUCCUGAAGGAGUUCAAGCGUCUGCGGGAGGAAUGGAGCACCAGCGGCCCCGACGCUCCAUCAGAACCGGCCCUCGAGGGACCCGAGACACAACACACCCUCUCAGAUCAAUAAACCCAGUCCCAUACAGAGAGUUCAGAGCAACCUGAAGUCAUUUCACAACACGUAUACAUUUUAUGCUUUUCAGAGACAUUGAUAUUUCUCAUGUCCCACAGUCUUUACUCCUACAACACAUGUGCACAUGCACAGUUUAUUCUGGGCGUUUGAGCUCUGAGACCGCAUGUAAAUGGCACCAUCAUGAUGGAUGAAGAGAAAGCAAGUGUUUCUGGCUUGCUAACCCGAGCACAUGUCUACACUGCUAACGGCGUGUGUGGGCUGAGCUGCUGUGUGCAUCCAAACGCAGACAAAGUUUCAGAGGAUUUCCAGGGUCAACGUGACAUCAUGACUUUUGCGUCAACGUACACGCCGCUUUCAAUUCAAGCUGUCCGCAUGCAUGUACACGCCGUCAAAUGUCCGAGCAAAACAAAGCAAAAUGUACAUCUGGGGAGCGAUAUUUUUUUUCCUAGGAUGGUAGGGAAAGACUCAUAACUGCCAUUAACCCCAGUGACGGGUAGGUUUAGGGACGGGCUUGGGAUAGGUCAUAUAUUUAUACAGUAAUGUAACGUCAACGGCGUUCAUAAACACUCUGAAAAACGAAUAUGCGUGUUGAUAGCACUUCAAAAAUGCAAAAACGAAUUGGCGUGUCAUACAUACGCCAUUUCAUGAGAUCAGUCUGCCAGGGUAAACUUCAGAUCAAGGUCUAGAUCGCAACAUCAUCGGACCAUCGCUGAGGUCGAGCAUCAUUCACACGUGACCUCAAGCACACUAGAAGCCAAACAUCACCCAUGCUGAAUGUCAUCGAUGAUCAUUGUGAAAGCGAACAUAGUGACUAAUAAAAUAACACUGCAGAAUCAGAA